CUGUGUCCCCCUCUCAUACUGUCCCACUCACUCAAAGACCUCAUACACUCACGCAGCGAUUUCAGACACUUAGACAGGCUUUAUCAGCGCUUUUAUUGCCACAGGUUAUCUCAUUGUGUCUCUCUUUGUCUGGGCUGAAUCUCCACCGUCCGCUCUGGGACUUGGCUUGGCUCUACCGUCUCUGUCUCUCAACCCCUCGCCCCUAUAGCACCCGGAGGGUGGGACAGACUUCUUGCUGACCCACAAUGUUUCUGGUUCUUGUUGUGACGCCGGAACUAAGGGAGUUCUUGGCCAGAGCAAGGGGUGGAGCUGUCCGCCUCAUCCAGGUGCGGAUCCAGGACGAGCAGCUGGUGCUUGGGGCGUUCAGAGAGCCGACACAGAGCUGGGACCAGGACUAUGACCACUUCCUACUUCCUCUGCUGGACGACCAGGAGCCUUGCUACAUCCUGUACCGCCUCGACUCCCAGAAUGCCCAGGGAUACGAGUGGAUCUUCAUCUCCUGGUCUCCUGACCAAUCUCCAGUGAGACAGAAGAUGCUGUACGCUGCCACCCGUGCCACAGUGAAGAAAGAGUUUGGUGGUGGUCAUGUGAAGGAUGAGAUGUUUGGCACAGUGGAGGAGGACAUCUGUCUCGAGGGCUACCAGCGUCACGUGUCCUCCAGCUCUGGCCCUGCCCCACUCACAGCUGCUGAACAGGAGCUGCGGAGAAUCAAAAUCAACGAGGGAAGGGUUAAGCAGGUGAAAACAGAGACCAGUGUGGAGAGUAAGCACCAAACACUGCAGGGCCUUGCUUUCCCACUGCAGGAGGAAGCCAAACAGGCUCUACAACAACUCGCACAGAAAAGCAUCAACUACAUACAGCUGAAGUUGGACACAGAGAAAGAGACUAUAGAGCUGGUCCAUUCCGACCCGACAGAGACCAGUGAGCUGCCUUGCAGGGUUCCCACGGAUACGCCCAGAUAUCACUUCUUCCUCUAUAAACACUCUCAUGAAGGGGACUACUUGGAAUCUGUUGUGUUCAUCUACUCCAUGCCAGGGUACAGCUGUAGCAUUAAGGAGCGGAUGCUGUACUCCAGUUGUAAGAGUCGACUGCUGGAUGAGGUGGAGAAGGAUUACCAUCUGGAGGUUGCCAAGAAGAUGGAGAUUGACAGUGGGGAUGAGUUGACAGAGGAGUUCCUGUAUGAUGAGGUCCAUCCUAAGCAGCAGGCCUUCAAGCAGGCCUUCGCCAAGCCUCGUGGCCCAGCAGGGAAGAGAGGCAACAAGCGUCUCAUCAAGGGCCCAGCGACUAGGGAGAGCAGGCCGGAAAGCUAGAGAGAGGGACAGAGCUUGGUCGUCUCGGCAUCCCUUCCCUGAGUCCUCCUCCUGUUGCCACGCCCUCUGGCUGCUUGUUUGGCCACGAAGAAGGAAAAGGAGAAGAACAUGGAGGGAUUUCUGUCAUUUUUAUUUUCCCCUGCCUUUGCUUGUGUUUUAACAAUGUGUCAAUAAUGUACGUGCUAUUCGUGAACAUCAGCUAUAGCAGUGGUUCCCAAACUGUGGGGGAGCGAAAGGUAAGCAUGGGGAAGAAGAGGGGUCGGCAGGGGGAACUCACUCCGGCUUUCAACUUACUCUAAACUUACUCUGCAAUUUCGAUAUUGGGUAGUGCAUCAGCAGUUUUGACCUUUCAGAGCGAUUUACUGUAUACCUUGUUAGAAAUGCUUAGAUCAACUAGGCCAUGUCAGCAAAGUUUUUUUUAUCUAGGUUUUUUUAGCCCGUUGAUUUUGUUGUAAUGUUUUGAAUCACUCAGAUAUCACAUGAACACACAUAAGAAAUGGCAGAAUGUGUAGAAUUGCAGGAAAUUUGUUUUAAAAUGGCAACACUUUCUCUGCACCCCAUAACAAAAUGUAUAGAAUUAUGGGAAAUAAGCUUUAAACCAACAAAAUUUCAUGAACAUUGCUUGUGCCCUUAGAAGUAGAUGUGGCUUGCUUGUGCGUGGGGGAGGGGGGGAUGUUCCCCAGUAAAAAAGUUUGGAAAACCCUAAACUAUAGGAUAAAACUAAGGAUUUCACUUGAUUUUUCUCAAUGUCUUUCCGUGUCACUCUUAAACACAACAUCCUACACAUACAAACAGAUGGACUGACAGAAAUUAAAGACCAAUGGGUUGUCUUACAGAUACCUCAGCCAAGUUUCUCUAUUGCUAAUGUCACAUACAGGAGAAUCCUGUCUUUCUAAUGUAUUGUCCAUACCUUGCCUGUUGCUACUAAAUGUUUUGUAUCAAACACGUUUUUAUAAACAGAUGAUACUAAUGAGAGGAAUUCCAAAUAAAAUAUAGUUUUUA